AUGCGUUGGACAAAAUCUAUGAAAGAAAACGCAUUGCGGGCGUACUAUAGGGCGAAAGGGGAAGAAACUGUGGGAAUAGCGUAUAGGGCUCGGAUGUAUUGCUUUUUUGCUGAGCUGGAGCCUUCUAUCCCCGUCACGGAACAAAACCUGGCAGACCGAGUUCGAUACAUAAUGCGCUCGAAAAUAUUUGAUGAUGCCGAACUCGAACGACUACGACGUGAGGCUAUUCCAUCGUCGAAUGAAUCGGCUAUGGCUGGAAAUGCAGCUCCACAUCCAACAGACCAGCAUCCACACGUGAAAGCUACCAUGGAUCUUCCAGUUGUGGUUGAUUCGAACGACGAUGAAAUAGUCUCCCACGAACUAGAGCAAAUGAGGAGUAUAUUGGAAGAGGCGAUUUUGGAAACGCGCAGCACCUCUCGAAAAUCGACCGCGACUUCCCCGCAUACCCCUAAGCAAACGAAAUCGGGCUGUCGUGAGGUCUCUUAA